AUAUAAAUUAGUAGACUACUAUGAUUAGAAAAGCUGUGUAAUUAUACGAAAACAAGUAUGUCAAAAUAUUUAUUUGGGCAUUCAAAUGCUAUGUCAUCCAUUCCAGAACUACUCCCAAGUUCGAUGCAAUAUUCUCUCUCAUCAGAGAUGAACACCGACUUGGUGAAUCUUGGGUCAUCAGAUAAUCAUGGACUCAAGGCGGUCUCCAAUUCUAUCCUCUUUCAUACUAAGCAACCCCAGAAUUCAAUGAAAUUCACAGUAGGUAAUAGUUAUAUGGUACAUGAAAGCAAGAACGAGAAUAAGAUGCCUACAUCUGAGAAACCUGAAAAUUUGUCUGCUUCUCCAGGUUCUGUAUCCAAGUCGAGAGGAAAUAAUAAGAGCUCUAUUGGAAGAAAGAGGAGAAAGGACGAGGAGGACAUGCAGAAACGAAAAGAAGUUAUUCAUGUGAGAGCAAAAAGAGGUCAAGCCACUGAUAGUCACAGUUUGGCGGAAAGGGUAAGAAGAGAGAAGAUUAACGAGAAGCUGAGAUGCUUACAGGAGCUUGUUCCAGGAUGCUAUAAAGCAAUGGGAAUGGCAGUGAUGUUGGAUGUUAUAAUCAGCUAUGUUCAAUCACUUCAGAAUCAAAUAGAAUUUCUCUCCAUGAAGCUCUCAUCAGCUAGCAUGUACUACGACCUCAGAUUCUCAGAGAUUGAAGCCAUGGAAACAAUUCAGGGAAUAAAAACAAAUGCAAAUGAACAGGUACAAGAGAUGGAGAGGAUGGUGAGGGAAGGGUAUGGAGGACCUUCCUACAACGACUCAACAUGGCCUCUUUAAUUGAAAAAAAUCCUAUACGCUAUGGACAAAUUUGCUCCUUUGAUGCUUAAUUAUUAUAUUUAUAAACUGCAUAUUAUAGCAAAAGAUAAAUACUUGUGGACACUAUCCAAGCUCACUACAGUAGCAAAAAGUAAAUAGACAUUAAAAAUGAAAGAAAUGAAUAGAUAUUUCCAUA